AUGGAGGACCAGACGAUAUUUGACGGUGCAAGCAGUAACAAUAGUGGGUCGAGCUAUAUACUUGGUAUGCCCCCUAGUAGUAUGAUGCAUGGGGAAGGGCUACACAGUAUGAUGAUGAUGGGUUAUAAGGAAGACGAAGGAUGGGCUUUGAAUUCUGGUACCGGCGGUAUCGGAGCCACAGUCAACGGCGAAAGUUAUAAUAUGUACGAGGAAAUAUUUGACGAGAACAACCUUCACGAUAAUAGUGAAGAAGUCAUGAGUAAUUGGUCUUCCUCGACUUCUUCGUUGCGUAACUUGAACUACAUUAAUCAUACAAAUCAUACCACGCCUGACUUUCCUAACUCCCCAAAGAAAUCUGUCCAAACGAACCUGGGACCACCACAGGCUAUAGGCUUCGCGGGUUACCGAAACCAAACUCUGCAGUCCCCGCAGAAUAAGCAGCCACCUCAACAGCAGCAGCUGGCUCUGAGGUUAGGUAACGAAGGAAGGCACUCUUCAGCUUCUUCAUUACCAAUUGACCGGUUGAAUUUAUUAUCAUUGAAGCAACCGUUGAAUGCGACACAGAUCUCGAAAUCACCUUCCCCUGAAUAUUACGGCACUAAUAGAGAUAUCAAUCAAGAGGAGCGUACGAUCAAUCCACGAGAACUAUUUACUUCGAACAAAAUUCCAGUUUCUAUGUCUUCACCAUCAUUGACUACUCUAUUUCGAAAUGAAACGAGAAAUUAUAGGAAUUAUACUACCUCAAAAUUACCUAGUAGUGGUGUCCAACUGCAUCAAAAAAAGGGCAAGGUUCAGAAUUCUCAAGUUCAACAACAUCUGGAAAGUCAACCUCAUAUGACGCCUCAGACAAUAAGUCAGAAGUUUGAUUUUAAAAUGAAUGAUGAAUGCUUCAACGCAAUCACGUAUUGGUUGAAUAAUACUUUACAGACAGUAGACAACGAUGACGAAAAUAUCGACAAUUCUGCUGCUGAAAUAAUGGCGAAUCCUACUGGUGUUAUUAAAUCGGGGUUCUAUCACAAAAGAAGAAACUCGAUUCAGUGUUAUAGUCACAUGCAUGAUGAUGUUGGUUCUACAUUUGCGGUUCCUCCUUCACUCCCUUCUAGUCAAGUUCCUAAUUCUACUGCUGGUCAGAAGAAGAAGAGAAGAAAGUCACAAAAUGGCUUUGACCUGGUGAUGAUAUACUCAGGGAUAGAUAUCAAGCCAGUGCCAAAGUCUAAGAGCCAAAAUGAAGCAAUCGAGGAGAAUCCUGUGCCAGUUGCUGCUCCACCAAUCAACCAAAGCAGGUCUAAGCAGACUUCUCCUGUUAAAUCAAGUAGAGCAUCCCCACAAACAACACCUAGGAUAAACCAGAAAGAAAAGUUUGAGAGCUCAUUAGAUACAGAGGAAGAGGCUCCAGCCUUUCCCUGUCCUAACUGUGAUAAGCAUUUUAAAAGAUCAGAACAUUUAAAGAGACACCAUAGAUCUGUGCACUCAAACAUAAGACCGUUUCAUUGUAAAUAUUGUGAUAAGAAAUUCAGUAGAUCUGAUAAUUUGGCUCAGCAUUUGAAAACUCACUAUAAGACAAACUCUAACGGUUCUACUACCAUAAUUUACGGCAACCCUAAUGCUCACAACAGGAAGAAAAAGGAUUCCAGUUCAUUGAACAGUUGA